GAGGGGUUGGGCGGGGUCGGGGUUCAGCCUCACUCGGCCGCUGCCUCCGGGCUUGGGGGUGAGCCCCGCCUGGAGGCGGUCGCGCUAACCGCGGAGGGAGCCGGCGAGAGGCGCGGGGAAAGGGGCGAGUGCCCCCGGCUCCUCGAGCCCGGCGCGCCAUGGCGGGCGCCGGGCGAGUACGCAGCCCAGCGGCCGCGGGCUAGCCGAGCCGGGAGGCCACUGUUGGGUCCCUCCUUCCCUCUGCGCCCCAGGCCUCGGAGCCACCGAGAGGAGGAUGAGUCCCUGGAGCUGGUUCCUGCUGCCGACCCUCUGCCUCCUGCCCGCGAGCGCAGCCCCUCCGCGCGGCGCGCCCGCCUCCGCCAACUGCAAGCUCAAGGCCCAACAAAAUGAGUUGAAUUCCUUCUUGUGGACCAUAAAGCGAGACCCGCUGUCUUCCUUCUCUGGCGCGAUCCGUGUCCCGCACACCCGGCUUUGGGACUUCAUCCCGGACACCUCCAAGGAGGCUUUUCAGCAGAGCAGCAUCGUGUACUUCGAGCUGGACCUCACGGACCCUUACACUAUCUCGGCCCUCACCAGCUGUCAGACGCUGCCACGAGGUGAGAACCUCCAGGACGUGCUCCCCAGGGACAUUUACGGCCACCUUAAGCGCCACCUUGAGUACGUCAAGCUCAUGAUGCCCUCGUGGAUGACGCCUGACCAGCAUGGUAAGGGUCUCUACGCAGACUACCUGCCACCUGCCCAGACGUACAGUCUGAUUUGCGCUCAGAGUUCUAAUAUUCCACCACCUCCACCUCUCAUCCUCUCUUCUCUAAUGCAUCUUGCUUUGCCCUCAGGUCCUGUUAACAGAUUGACAAAACGGUACUGUUUCAGGAGCAUGCUGGCCCCAUCCGCCAACACCCUGAUAGCCCACAUCCUUCCUUGUGAGGAUAUGAGUCAGACUCUGCAAACUAUGGUCAUCUUUGCUUUAAACCAGCCCCUCCUGCAGCAGGAGAGCCUGUGAGCGGGCGGCCUUCAGAUCCCCUAUACAACAGAGGACCUCAUCAAACACUAUAACUGCGGGGACCUCAGUUCCAUCAUCUUCAGCCAUGACAGCUCCCAGGUUCCCGAUUUUAUUAAUGCCACGCUACCACCUGCGGAGCGCAUCGCUGCUCAGGAGAUCGACAGCUACUUCCGCCGGGAGCUUAUCUACAAGCGGAACAAGAGAAUGGGGAAGCGGGUGAAGGCCCUUUUGGAGGAGUUCCCUGACAAAGGCUUUUUCUUUGCCUUUGGAGCCGGGCAUUUCAUGGGCAACAACACAGUUCUUGAUGUUCUGCGGUGCGAAGGCUAUGAGGUAGAGCACGCCCCCGCUGGACGACCCAUCAACAAAGAAGAGACCAGAAACCCGUUGUCACAGCCCGCCCCCUCUGCCGUCUUGGCUCCGGAAGCGCCCGCCCCGGAAGCUCAGGUACCGGAAGCUGGGUCUGCCGGGCCCCCACUGUUGCCGCUCCACCAGCCUCUGCCCAGAAGUUCCUACCUGCCGGGCGAGGCACGACGAAAGUUCCGGAAGAAGCGGAGGCGGCCGCAGCGGAGGCAGCGGCUCCGGCAGUUCAUCGACCUGUGGGUCCGACUGGAGGAGAGUGCUGGGAUCCCACAGCUCCAGGUCCCCGUUCUGGACAGGCGCGUCUCCGCCAAGCUGCGGCUCCCUCGCCCUGGGCAGUCUCCCCACAGCCAGAUGGUGGUCAGCAGUGCCUGCCUGUCUGUCUGGACACCUAUGUUAUGGGUGCUGGCUUUCCAAACAGAGACAACCCUCCUGUAAUGACCAGAGAAGCCAAGAUCUGAUGCCUCGGACUUGAAGGACAGCCAUUUUGUACUCCACACUCUGCUCCGGCCCUGAUAGGCCCAACCCAGGAGAAGAGACUCAAAAUUAAAAAGCCAGCGUUGAUUCUUCUUUUUCCAAGGAAUGACUGGGUUAUCCAGCAAUGCUUGGGGGAGGUGUAUAGUUUUGUAACGUAAUGAGCUGUAUGAAAAUAAUUAAUUGUAAGAAAAUUAUUAAAUACUUCUUUUGUGUA